AUGAAGUACUCCCUCGCCACUCUGGCCAUUAUCGGCUCUGUCCUCGCCUUCCCUGUCCAGGAAGGUGAGAAGCCUCACACUCUCUCUACCUCGUCCUCUAUCUACUCGACUACCCCGGUUACAUCCACUCCGUCGACUAGCCACGCUUCAUCGACUACCCCGGUUACAUCCACUCCAUCGACUACCCCGGUCACGUCCACUCCCUCGACUAGCCACGCUUCAUCGACUACCUCCAAGCCUUCGUCCGCCUCCGCCAGCUCGACCCCCAGCUCGACCCCCAACUGCGACGCUGAGUCCGAGGGCGACAACGGUAACCACUAUGGCUGGUGCAAAAAGGCCCAGCACUCUGGCACCUACAAGAACGGCAAGAGCGAUUAA